GUUGUUGAUAAGGCGGAAGGGGUUUUCCUGUGGGCCCAUUUGGUCGUCAAUUCUCUUAUACGCCUGGUUUGCAGUACCAACCGCUGGCGGCACUCGAGAGACGGCUGGACGAGAGUCCACAAGAUCUUACCAAUCUAUACACCCAUAUACUCGUGACCAUUCCUCCACUAGAUCGACCCAAGGCCCUCAGCUUUCUGGUUUUUAUGGCUUGGAGCCAUACCAAACAUGAGUUUUCUCCUACAAAUGCGUUGUACCUUUCAUGGCUGGAUGAUCUCGGCGCAUCUAGCUUCCCUCAUAGGGAAAAUGAGGGCCCUUAUUCAGAAGAAAAAAUACAGGACCGGCAUCUCCAGGUUGAGUCCCAACUUGGCGACCUCACCCGGGGGCUGUUGGAGGUGAAUUCUUCCCACCACAGAGACGAGCACCCGUCUCGGUUCUUUACCAAGCGCGUCGAGUUCUUCCACAAGACCGCCCGCGAGUUCAUCUCUGAAAGCCCCGUAGCUCAGGAGUUUCAGAAGCAGCAUACGGGUCUCUUUUCUGUCGACUCUCUGGCCAGAUUGUGGAUGGCAGAGGCAAAGUUUUGUCCAACAAGCAUGGCAGGGGAGCUGCCAUUUCAUCGACAUCUCAUUGAAAGUCUCGACGACCGAAUAACCCCGCGAGCUUGGGAGGCCCUCGACGGUAUCGUGGAUGCAUUCGACGCUCAUGUCGACUGGACCUCGCAAACUCGGUCCGCAUAUGACGCAGUGCCACUCCAGACCCCAACAGGAAUAGCGGAAGUGUUCCUGAACCAUCCUCCAAUGUCGCUCGUGCACCGUAUGGCCCAGAAAAACGCGGCGCCCAACUACCUCUCAGUGCACAGGAUCAGAAGAGAUCCGUCUUUACUGUGCCUGCAUGGAACACUAUCUCUGCUAUUCAGCGCAGCUUACUCAGGCGCACCUGGAUCCAUCGUUAAGUCGUUACUGGAUGAAGGUGCAUCUCCAAAUGACUUGUUACCAAUUCUCCCGACGUGGGAGAUUCGUCCACACGCCUCCAGCUGCAAGAUAUGGGCAGCCUUCUGCGCAUUCUUUGGCUCUUUUGCCGUCCUACCGGUAAACCCAGCCGCUGCCCAUAUUAACCGGACAUUAGCUGUCUGGUGGGAGAACAUCGAGCAAUUUUUAUCGGCAGGAGCUAGUCGGGAGUGCUACUUUCUCCUUGACAGAACUCACUAUGAUCCUAUUAGGUCCUGGGUCUUGAAGCCAACCCAUGUGAUAUCACUCAAGGAUCUUGCAAACGAGGUGAGGCCCAGGAAUUUUGCUGGCAUCAAUAGCCUUUUGACGCGCUCGCCUACCGCUCUCACCCCUCUCAUGGCGGGACUUCAAUAUGUAUUUCCGAACUUUCCUGUCACACAGGCAUCCGUGCCUGCGGAGUUGCGGCAUUAUCGCCAGUUCCACCUUGAUAUGCAACCUCCUUGGAAGCCGGAAUGGCACAGUGCCGAAAAAUAUAUGAGUAGAUUUGACAGCUCAUACUUCGUCCUCCACUCUGUUUGGUGUGGUGGUGAGGUAUUAGAAGCAAAAGGCCUUAGAGUCCGCUUGUCCUAACAGGACAUCGGGCCCUGGCGCGCCCUAGUCUUUGUAGCUCUUUGAUUCACUUUUGUGGCGUUUCAGCCUAAGUUGAGGCGCAUACUUGAUGGCUUGAUGAGGCGUGUAUGUUGUGGUGCAGGCGGAAUUGCACGGACCGUUCCGUGGCCCGAGUCGCUGAGGGAGAGCGGGGGCGGAAACAGGAGACCGGUCCCCUACGGGGUCCGCCAAUGCCUUUUCGGAACGAGUUGAGAACUUGAGAAGUAAGGCACUUACAGGAGACCGGUCCCCUACGGGGUCCGC